AUGGUCAACUCCUGCUGUGGCUCUGUCUGCUCUGAGGAGGGCUGUGGCCAAGGCUGCUGCCAGCCCAGCUGCUGCCAGCCCAGCUGCUGCCAGCCCAGCUGCUGCCGUCCCAGCUGCUGUGUGUCCAGCUGCUGCAGACCAUCUUGUUGCAUCUCCAGCUGCUGCCGCCCCUGCUGUGGCAGUUCCAGCUGUUGUGGAUCCAGCUGCUGCCGCCCCAGCUGCUGCAUUUCUAGCUGCUGUCGCCCCUGUUGCCGCCCCAGCUGCUGCGUUUCUAGCUGCUGUAGGCCUUCCUGCUGCCGCCCCAGCUGCUGUGUUUGCUGCCGCCCCAGCUGCUGCAUUUCUAGCUGCUGCAGACCUUCCUGCUGCCGCCCCAGCUGCUGUGUGUCCAGCUGUUGCCGCCCCAGCUGCUGUGUGUCCAGCUGCUGCCGCCCCAGCUGCUGUCAGUCUGUGUGCUGCCAACCCACUUGCUGCCGCCCCAGCUGCUGCAUUUCUAGCUGCUGCAGGCCUUCCUGCUGCCGCCCCAGCUGCUGUGUGUCCAGCUGCUGCAGGCCUCAGUGCUGCAUCUCCAGCUGCUGCCGCCCCACCUGUUGCCAGACCUCCUGCUGCCGCCCAGCAUGCUCUAGCAGUUCUUGCUGCUGA